ACUUAUUCAUUGUUUUCAGAGUUACUUGAUAUCACGGAGCAAAACCUUCAGUGAACUAAACCCUGGCUAAAAAAUGGCAGGUUUAAGUCCCAGUUCUAGAAUAUGUCGCGGCAUCAAACCUUUCAGAAGACAAUCUUUCCCUUUGAAUGAACUGGUGCGACGGUAUAGUUCUAAAAUAGAAAAAGAAGAAACUAAAAUGAUAAGUCUCCCAGCGACUGCCGAUGUUGUCAUUAUCGGAGGCGGUAGCUUGGGCUGCCAAACCUUGUACCACCUGGCUAAGAUGGGAGUCACAAACACUGUACUGCUAGAAAAAGACAUGCUUACAGCAGGGACUACGUGGCACACAGCUGGUUUGGUUUGGCGAUUGCGCCCCAGUGAUGUUGAAAUCCAACUUCUAGGACAUACACAUAAGAUUUUAAGCUCUCUUGAAGCUGAAACUGGUUUAGAUCCUGGCUGGAUAAACAAUGGAGGUUUAUUCAUUGCAAACAAUAAGGAAAGACUGGAAGAGUAUAAACGUCUGCAUACCCUGGGUAAAGUGCUGAAUAUUCCCUCCUAUCUACUUGAUCCUGCAGAGACAAAGAAGCUAUAUCCUUUAAUGAAUGUACAGGAUGUGUACGGUACAUUGUACAGUCCACUGGACGGUACAAUUGACCCACAUGGUUUAUGUACAGCUUUAAGUAGACACGCAACUAAACUUGGAGCAAAGAUUGUUGAGAAGUGUCCAGUCACCAAUAUUUUAACAAAAGAAACAGAUUUCGGAAAUAAGCAGGUACAUGCUGUUGUGACAGAUAAUGGGAUUGUACAGACAAGCUGUAUAAUUAACUGUACAGGAGCCUGGGCAAACUAUAUUUCAAAUAUGGUCGGAGUGCAUACUCCCUUAGUUGCCAUGAAGCAUGCAUACGUUGUGACUGAAAAAAUUCCUGGAAUUGAGAAAAUGCCAAAUGUUCGUGACCAUGAUCAAUCAAUUUAUCUUAAACUUCAGGGGGAUGCCCUGCAAGUUGGUGGCUAUGAAGUUGAUCCAGUUUUUAUAAACCAGAUUGAAAAGGAUUUUGCGUUUGGUUUGUAUGAACUAGACUACGACGUAUUCGGAGUUCAUAUUCAGGGAGCAGUUAAUCGACUUCCUUGCUUAGAGAAGUCUGGAAUAAAGAGUACAGUGUGUGGUCCUGAAAGCUUUACACCUGAUCACAAACCAAUAAUGGGAGAGGAUCCUAGAGUUCGAGGGUUCUUUCAUGGAGUAGGAUUUAACAGUGCUGGUAUGAUGCUGGGAGGAGGGUGUGGUGAUCAGCUGGCUAAGUGGGUGGUUCAUGGACGCCCGGAACUAGAUAUGUACGGAUAUGAUAUUCGAAGAUUUUGUCCUGAAGUUUCCAAGGAUAAUGUUUGGGUUAAUGAAAGAUCUCACGAGGCAUAUGCUAAGAACUACUCCAUGGUAUUUCCUCACGAUGAACCACUGGCAGGAAGAAAUAUGAAGAAAGAUCCCCUUUAUCAGGUUCUUUUGGAGGCUGGUUGUGUGUAUCAGGAAAGGUUUGGAUGGGAGCGCCCAGGAUGGUUUACUCAUCAUCAACCCUCUCCACCUCUACAAUAUGAUUGGUACGGAGCGUAUGAUCACAAAAUACAUGAGACAGAUAUUUACAAGGAUCAUCUGCAGUUAGACUACACUUUUGAUCACCCUGGGAUACAAGAUAAUAUUCGACAUGAGUGUCUUGCAACUAGAACAACAGCUGGUGUUUUCAACAUGUCAUAUUUUGGAAAAUUUUAUUUGACAGGACCAGAUGCACAGGCUGCCGCCAACUGGAUAUUUACCGGAAAUAUGGAUUGUCCUCCUGGGCGCACAGUGUACACGUGUAUGCUGAACAAAAUGGCGGGAAUAGAAGCAGAUCUUACAGUGAGCGUGCUAGAGAGCGGAGAGGGAGGGAGUGUAGACCCUAAGUUCACUGGAACCGGUUUUUAUAUUGCGGCAGCUGGAGGAGCAGCAUAUCAGAAUCUAUCACACAUUCAGAAAACUGUUCAGGAUGCAGGGUUCGAUGUUAACAUUACUGAUAAAUCAAGAGAAAUGGGAAUGCUAUCAAUUCAGGGCCCUAGAUCAAGAGAUAUUUUAUCCAGGUUAACCUCUGAGCCCCUGGAUAAUCUAAGUUUCCCUUUUUCUACUCAUAAAAUGAUCACCGUGGCUGGUCAUAGAGUUAGAGCAAUGAGAGUUAGUUUUGUGGGAGAACUAGGAUGGGAGUUACAUAUUCCUAGUUCUAGCUGUAUACCUGUAUAUCAGGCUAUUAUGGAGGCCGGCCAACCUGCAGGAAUAGUCAAUGCAGGAUACAGGGCCCUAGACUCACUCAG